AUGCGGAAAACCAAUUUACUACUUGAGGGCUCCAGCAGCGAUUCGUUCGUCUCGUCACACGUCGACCAUCGUCUGUUGCCUGCCAUCUCCUCCUCCGCCGCCGGUGACCUGCAACUCCUCCACCCUUCGCUCCAUUCAAGGGAGAAUUUUUCUAUAAUCGCUCAAGCUGCUGAUGUGACUAAUGUGAUGAAUAUAGUCAAUAAAAUUGAGUUAAAUGAAAUAUUGGAAGAUGGAAUUGGAGAUGGAGAUGAUGAGGAAGCAUCUUUUGACAAUAAUGUUGAAGUACCUUCGACUUUUACUAAUAUGGAAGGAACAAAUUUGACUAUUGAUGACCAUUGGAUUAUGACACAAUCAACGAGCGCACUUCAAAAAUUCAAUCCAGGAACUAGAGUUGAAUCGUGUGUUUCAAGAUCGACCGAUGAUGAAGUUGAAUUUAGGCGUGUUUUUUGGGCUUUUGCUCCCUCUAUCAAAGGGUUUCAGUAUUGUCGACUGGUGAUUAGCAUUGAUGACACACACUUGUAUGGUAAAUACAAGGGUAAGAUGCUAAUUGCAAUGGGAGGUGAUGUGAAAGACCGUGAAAGCAUAUGUCUAAUAUCUGAUCGUCAUGGUGGAAUUUUUAAGGCUGUCAAUGAGCAUGGAUCUCCAUGGUUAGUGCCAUGUGGUUUUCAUAGCAACUUUUAUGACAAGUUUCGUAAUUUAGCAUUGAAAGCUUUAGCCUAUCGUGCCGAGAGUCAAAAUCAAAUUCGAAAAUUCAACUCCAUCAUGGAAGAAAUCGGGAAGUUAAAUCCAUGUGCUCAAGAAUGGUUGGAGAGUCAUCCACUUAAUAGAUGGACACUUGUACAUGAUGGUGGAAGGAGACGUCCUUUAGGAUCUAUUUCUCAAGCCCAUGGAGAUGCACAUACUCCACAUGUUGUGGUAAAACAAGUAGCAUUGAUGGCAAAAGCAAGUGCACAUUCCUUAAGAUCUUUUAAGUGA